UGGCCACACAGCUGGCUUGGCGCGGCCUCAGAGGUGCGGGUAGGGGGCUAGUCUGGGCGUUCCCUCCGGACCGGGCGGGCUGCGGACACUCCCCCGAGUAGCGUGAGGAGAGGAGGAGCGGGAAUAGUGACGAGGGCCAAGGGAGGAGGCGAGGAGGACGAACGAGGGCGGGUAGAUAGAUAGACCGACGGGCAGACAGAUUGCCAGCCUGGGCCCUCGGGAGCGUUAUUCGAACCCGAAAGACACUCCGGCUACACUCCCGCCCUCGGCGCCCCAAGGCACCACUGGAGGAUGCUGCGCUACAGCUCCGCGGUCACCCUGCUUUCGGGCAACGGGGCCGCUUCCUCUGGGAGUCCAGGCAAGAGGGCCAACGUCUGCCGAUUACGAUUAACGGUGCCCCCUGACAGCCCAGUGCCAGAGCAAAGUGAAAGGAAAGAGGAAAGAAAGGAGCAAAAUUCUGAUUUAGUUAAUGGAGAAUAUACCAAGAGACUCCCCCAAGGUGUGGUUUAUGGUGUGGUUCGGAGAUCUGACCAAAACCAACAGAAAGAAAUGGUGGUAUAUGGUUGGUCCACUAAUCAGCUGAAAGAAGAAAUGAACUACAUCAAGGAUGUGAGAGCAACAUUGGAAAAAGUCAGAAAACAAAUAUAUGGAAACUAUGAUGAAAUGAAGCAGAAAAUUCAACUCCUUACGAAAGAAUUGAGAGUUUCCAAUGCUCAACAGGACUAUCUACAAAAUCACAUUGAAACACAGUCUUCAGCCCUGGAUAGUUUUAAUGAUAUGAAUUCCUCUUUGGCAUCAGACUCCAUUGGCUUACAGAAAACAUUGGUGGAUAUUACCUUGGAAAACAGUAACAUUAAGGACCAGAUCAGAAAUUUACAGCUUACAUAUGAAGCGUCUAUGGAAAAACUGAGAGAAAAGCAGAGACAAUUAGAGGUGGCUCAGGUUGAAAACCAGCUUUUGAAACUAAAGGUAGAAUCCUCUCAGGAAGCCAAUGCUGAUGUCAUGAGAGAGAUGACCAAGAAGCUCUAUAGUCAGUAUGAAGAAAAACUACAUCAAGAACAACAGAAGCACAAUGCAGAGAAAGAGGCCCUCCUGGAAGAAACCAAUAAUUUCCUGAAAGCUAUUGAGGAGGCUAAUAUCAAGAUGCAAGCAGCAGAGACCAGCCUUGAGGAGCGAGACCAAAGGAUCGGGGAGCUGGACAGGCUAAUUGAACGUAUGGAAAAGGAACGCCAGCAACUUCAACUACAGCUACUUCAGCAUGAGACAGAAAUGUCGGGAGAAGUUGUUAGCACAGAUUUUGAUAAGAGAAGGUAUCAGCAGCUGGAGGAGGCAGCAGCUAGCCUGCGAGAACGCAUUAGACACCUGGAUGACAUGGUCCAUUGCCAGCAGAAGAAAGUCAAGCAGAUGGUUGAGGAGAUUAUGUCACACGAGCUGUUCUCCAGAUUUAGUCUUCGUUUCUUUGGAAGAUGAUAAGUGGUGACCUGAUCUGAGAAGCUUUUCUAAUUACCCUGUGAUGUACCAUAUGAUGUUGGAAGAACAUUCGUGGUGGAGAAGUGAUACUUGCCCAUUGGCAUCCAAUGGCCAAAACAUUAAGGAAAUACCAUUAAGAAGAAAAAUCCUAGGACUUUGGUUUGGGAAAAUAUCCAUGUAGCUAAAUACUACUCAGAAAAUUACAUCCUGUAUGCUGCAAACAGAGAAGUGAAAGAAUCUUAAAGACUGCUCUUUUGGAAUAUUUCAGAAACUGUAAGCAGACUUCAAGGUUAAAAAAGAGAAAGGUCUGUUAUUAAAUUUUAAAAUGCAAGUAAAAACAGUAUUCAGAAAGUGACAUUUAGAGGCUGGGUUCCACACAAUCCAUAUUUGAAAAAUAAAACCUUAUAUACAGAAUAAAGCUACAAAUAAUUUAUCAAAGCAUUACUGAUGAGAUGUGGAAAACUUUUGAAGAUGGUAUAAGGGUCAUCAAUGGAUUUUAUUUUCAAAUGGAUAUGAAUUAAGGAAGUUUUCCUUACAAAGUCACUUUUGAUUCUCCCCUGAUAAUUAAGCAAAAAAAAAUGCUUAAAUAGUUUUUAGUGACCAAAUGUAUUUUACGUGGUGGAUGUUUGGGAGGCUGUUGUGAUAGAUAGAAUAGACGUCCGCAUUUGAGCUUUAUUUAAGCAUGAAUUGGAUCAUUUUCCUUUCUGAAAGGGUUAAUAAUAAGUGCCUCCCAGAAUUCUGGUGAGUAAAAAAUGAGAUAGCAUAUAUAAAGGACAUUACAAAUCUUAAAGCCUACAUAAGUGUUUCUGAGAGGCAGCAGGGUUUGUUGGAAACAACACUGGACUUGGGUUCAAGUUCCAAUUCUAUAAUUUACUUAUUGCAUGACUUUAGGUGAGUCAUUGAAAUUCUUUUAAUCUUCAUUUCCUCAUCUUUAAAAAGGAGGUAAUAACACUUAUAUUAAUUAUCUUGCUAGGCAAAGCAAGAUUAAAUGAGAUAUUAUGUGUAAAAUGCAUUAUACCCCCUGAAGUCCUAUAUAAUUAUAAGUUAAUAUUUUUAGAGUUGCAGUCAUGGUAUUAGUAGAAAGAACACUAAAACACAUUAUUAUGAUAAUUAGCAUUUAUAUAGACUUCAAGAUUUGUAAAAUCCUUUACAUACACUAUCUCAUUUUAUCCUCACUACUGGGAGGCAUAUACUGUUAUUAUCCCUACUUUUAC